AUGAGAAGAUGUUUAUCCGCAUAUUCUCGUUUAAAGCUUGGGUUUUUUUGGUUUUUUUUUGAAUUGUAUCGCUCUUCGACAGUUGGACAAUUGGACUUGGCAAUGGCAGAUACAACAUUCACCACGUCGGAGAGCUUCUCAAGUACAACAAUAUCAGUAGGUUUCCAUGAUGUAAUUGAUGCAUUUAAUGUCUGUCUUGGUGGUUCUUCCAUUAAAAGGACUGUUUUGCUUUCAAUUAACUGCGAGGCAACGAUAGUAUUGACCAAAUUCGAUUUCUCCAAGCUUGAUGGCUUUGUUCUCUAACCAAUUUGAAUCGGCAUGCUUACCUUAAUUCAUUUUUUAUCAAGACAUGUAAGGUACUGUUCUUACCAGCAAUCAUAACGUUAAAAUGAAAACCUUUUCUCAGUAGUGUUUUUCCAUCUGCUGCGGAAUUGUAUCAAAAACGAACAUAAUCAUAUAACUUUGUCAACUUUCUUCCUACCGAGACAGUUUGAACAAUAAGUGAUGAAGCUGACGAAUUUUUCUGGUGAGAAAAGGAACGAAGAGAAAA